AUGGCUUCCGAACCCGACGGCAGUACAAUUUACCUGACUGAAAAGGAGGCAGAGCGCAUCCGAACCACGGUCAUAGGCAAUACCAAAAAGCGUGCGGAAGUGACCGGCCAUGCUCGCACCCCGAGAGAGGCCAAAGAUGCCAUCGGCCAAGCCACCGGCGCCGCCCUCAUGGCCGACAUGGGCAGUAUGACAACCCAACAAGAGAGCAUGCCCGCUCUCGCCGUCGGAGACCCCUACCCGCCAUGCAUUGUUUCUUCAUCAGAGCUGCAGCCGAUGAAGCUGGCUGAUCUCCGCAUGGAAACACACCAUCGCGGAUUCCAGCUGCGCAUCAAGCGAGCCAGCCCCGUGGUCACACUCUCGACCAGAUCCUGGACCAUGGUUCAAGACGACGCCGAAGAGACGGAACGUCUCGAAAUCGUUCUCCACAACACCCGCCACGGCAAAGACAUCCUCGAGUCCUCCAAAACCUUCACCAUCAAAGAGCCCUACUUCACCCUCACCGAAGAAGGCGAGCCCACCCUCCGCAUCGACCACCCCUCCGACCUCCUCACCCACCCCCCUCCCGACCAACAACCCCCGACCCAACCCCCCACUCCAGAACAAGCCUCCAAGCGCGCCAUCGCCCACAAACAAAAAGGCAACACCGCCCUCACCAAAAACGACCCCGCCCUCGCCUGCGCCUGGUACACCGCCGCGCUGGCCCUCCCCGCCACCGCCUCCGACCUAACCCGGGACCUGCACCGCAACCGCGCCCACGCCAACCUCCUGCUCGGGCAGCACGACGCCGCGCACCGUGACGCCCUCGCCGCGUUGAUCAACAGCGCGGAUGGCGACGACGCGCGCUCGCGCGAGCUCGACGCCAAGUGCUAUUUCCGCGCGGGCGCCGCGGCGUACGCGCUGGGGCGGUUUGCGCAGGCGAAGGAGAUGUUUGAGGCGCAGGUGAAGCUGAUGCCGGGGGAUAGGGGGGCGGCGGCGAAUGUGGGGGAGGAGGGCGCGUUGACGGCGGUGACGUGCGAUGUGCGCGAUGAGAGGAUUCGGGUGGCGCCUGUGGGGUUGAGGAGGGCGGUGGUGGAACGGUUGAUGAACAAUCCGUCUUUGAUUGGGGAUGUGAUGGGCUCGUUUGGAGACUGGGAUGGCGGUGAAGGGAAGGAGGUACACGAAACGGGCGAUGGGCCGGUUGUGGAUGUGUUCCGGGUGCAUGACAUUAUAUCGAGGAACGCUUUUGGUGUGGGGGGUAAGGAUGGACAGGGGAGCCAGGGCGGUGGUGCUGGGUUGUGGCCUUGGGCUGCCCUCAUCAACCAUUCUUGUAUUCCCAACUCGGAGAGGGAGUUCGUUGGUGACUUGAUGGUCAUCCGGGCAACGAAGAACAUCGCCAAGGGAGAAGAGAUCGUCCACAGUUACGACGAGUCAGGGGUGUACGACGACAGGCAGCGGGCGCUGAUGACUACAUGGGGCUUUGAGUGCAGCUGUGCUCUAUGUGCCGUGGAGAAGGCGGAAGAUCCAACGGUGCUGGAAAAGCGCAGAACGCUCACCAAGGAGGUAUAUGCGUUCUUGAAGUCCGUUGGUUCCUCGGCCAACAGGAAGUUGGCGACUAGCAAGGCCAAGAGGCUGGCGAAAACGAUUGAUGAGACUUACGACGAAAAGAAGUACCGGGGAAUGCCCCGUUUGGCAAAGAAAGGGUUGAACAAGGUCUGCGCGGUGGUGUCUGAAUGGGGCGCUGCCUGCUUGGCGGAAUCAUGGAUCAGCUCGAAGGAUUCGUUGCGAUGA